AGUCGUAACGCUCUGGAACGGAAGUCAGUUCACAUUUGAGUUCCUGGGUUUUUUUUUUUCCUUCUUCUUCUUUGGGUGUUCUGUAGCUUCCCAGCCCGAUCGUAUGCGGUCCUGCUCCGGCUAACCAGCCGCAAUCUGGAGUGUGUUGCGCCGUGUUGGGAGUGCAGUUCUUGUGCCAGCUGUUUACCCCAGAGAAGCCAGUCGCGUGCGUCUGUCAUCAGUUUCCUGCGUGUGUAUUGGGGCUCUGGUAACACUGAACCGGAAGUAAGACGCACAGCGGCGUCUGGACUGUGAGAGAGAGGAAACUGCUGCGGCUUCUUCGUCAGCCUCAGAAUGACUGAGUUCUGGGUUUGCUUCAGCUGCUGCAUUGCAGAGCAACCACAACCUAAACGACGGCGACGGAUCGAUCGCUCGAUGAUCGGAGAGCCAACAAACUUUGUUCACACCACACACGUAGGCUCGGGGGACAUGGGCCUCGGACUGGCAUCGGUGGACCUCGUUCAGGCCCAGAUGAAAUCUAAAGGCGGCUACGUGCACGGGGGGUCUGAAGGCUCUCAGUUGUAAUGAGCCCGUCACAGUCGUGUGGAAACUACUGUUGUUGAUAUGAGGAAGCAUUUUCAAAAGCAGUUCUGUCUGUGAUGGACGCAGGACCAAAAGAUGAAACUACUGCUUUUCCAUAAUGUUGUACAUAUUUUUAUUUUCCAUUCCUUUUUGUUGUUUUGUUUUCUUUUUUUUUAAUGAAAGCACUGCUAUCCAUUUGCUGCCACACUGUUGCACUGUAAAGAGUAACUGUUAAAAAUAGAUUUGAGGGUUUAGAAAGCUCAUAAAUCUCAGUCAGAUGUAUGCUUGUGUGUAUGCAUGAGGAAAAUGUUGUUUUUUUUUCAAAAAUAUUUGCUUUUGUAGCCCAUUUGGAUGCCUGUAUUUAUUAUCUGAUUUGCAAACGGACCUCACGGUGGCUGGGCCACGCUGGAGACGUGGAACAUUCAGUUUCUUGUCUUUCUUCUCAGAGGUUUAUCAAAGGACAGGUAGCAGGUAGCCAAGCAACACGUGACAUGUUCAUGGUUUUCUCCUGAAAAAUACUCACGGUUCUCUUGAGUUGCUUUCAGGGUCGAAAGAUUGCUGUUUUGUAAUAAACUUGAAACGAGUAGAGUACACUGGACCAUACAUUGUACACUCACACUUGCUUAGGAAUUUCGCCUUGAUUUCAACUGUUCUUUUUUUAUUUUCAAAAUCCAUUUAGAUUUGAACCAUAUAGAAUUUUAAUAAACUAUGAACUUCCUAAUCUGCCUUCAGAAGUCAUGUUUGCUAUUUUUUGUUUUUUUACUAGUUUGAUUUCUGGCUUAGCGCUUUCAAAAAGAUUCAUAUUUUUAUAUGCAUCGCUUUGUUCUUUUAAAGGCUAAUAGAUUAAGAUGUAAACUUGAAAGUAACCAAAUUAUCACUGGGUUCAGGUUUGAUACAGUUAGUUCACUAUGUUUCCCACAUUCCUUUUUUGGGUUGAUCAUAGCUCCUGUUGCAUACUGUCAUGUCAUGACCUAAAUCUCUCUGGACAUGAAAUACAUUUUCACUUCUCGUUCGGCAGAGGUGUUUUUGUCCCUCCUUAGGUCCUAGUGGUUUGAAUGUUCCAUAUCCUAAAUUUGACAGAUGUUCCUAAAUGACAUUCAUUUAAUCUUCUCUGACCCUCCUUUGCAGCAGUGUUUGGGAUUACAUUGCUUUAGUAUUGAAAAUUGUUCUCAUGCGAUUUUUCUUUUUUUUUUAUCAUGAAAUGUAUAUGUAUUGAAAUAAAUCCCCUGUAUGGACCAGUCAGUUAAAUUAUUCCCAGUUUUUCUUUUUGUAAAAAUGUUUACCCACAUUUUUUUCAAGCUGAUAUAAUCUAUACAUGUUUCUUCUUACCCGCAGCUCUUAAUGUCUGAUUAUGUCAGUUAUAUUAACGGUCAGCGUAGAAUUAAUGUUUUCUCUGUUUAAUUGACUGGCUGCUACAUCCAUCGUCCCCUAUAGUGUUGUCAUAUGUUGUACCAGGCUCCAUUGAAAAUAUCAUAGUCCAAAAAAAAAGUGAGAGGUACCUAGCACACCAGCAGGCCUGGAUCUAUCAUUACAUGUGAUUGUUUGUCCUCCACGUGCAUCCUGUAAUUCAACAGCAGAAUGUGAUUGUAUUAUUACUUCGGACUAAAGUCUGUGUGGAUUGUUAAAUGAGUGCUAUUGUAAACUGUUCCCCCGAUACAAGAAUGAAAUCUUUGUUGGUACCAGGCAACGGGAAAUAACAGAUAAAGACACCUCACACACAUUGAAAUCUAUAUAUAUAUAUAUAUAUAUAUAUAUGCAGUAUAUAUAAAUACAUUUGUAAUAUCAUUUACAGCCUUAAAACUGCCGGUUGCAUCUUUCCCAACAUUCACCAACAGAUUUAAUGUGAUUCAUCUACAGCAUUGUUACAGAGAUCUAAUGUUUCAGUUUAAAUGUUUCCGUAGUGAUUCCUGUGUAAAAAGAUCUAAAUGUGUGUAGACUAGUUGGUGUUUUGGGGGUUUUUCCAGCUCUGGGUGAAAUGCUGUGGUACUCCGCUGUGUGUGUGUGUACACACACUGGGAUUGCAGUAUAACUAUGUGACCAGCAGGCUGUGUUGGGGGCCUGCUCGAAUGUGACUGCUGUGUGUUUCCUUUUGGGAUUCCUGUCACGGGACCUUUUUUUGAUUUUUCUUAUUAUGAUGCUGUAAAUGUAAAUACACAACAAAAACUUAAUGGAUCCAUGGUUUAUAUGUUUUCUGGGGUCAUACAUAUAUUUAGAUUAUUUUCCUGUAUAACAAUACAGGGCAGGUAAGGUUGGAGCAGUGUUUUCUUAAUUUUUCUAUAUGUUUUUUUUCCCCAUGAGGAUCUAUCUGAUAUGUAGCUCCCACCUUGCGGGGAAAUUCAUCUGGCUGCAUUUUUUUUUUUUCAGAAUAAAUGAUGAGAAAUAAAUAUUAUCUGUUGA